UCAAAUUCUAUUAUACAUUGUCCUGGCACUGGAACCUUCAUUUUGUUGUUGAUGUUUUUGGACUCAUUCUACUUUGUCAUUUACCAGUAACAGUAACACACAAGGGGAUCUGUUUUGUCACUUUUCACUUGUGUGCAUAUAUAUAACCGAGUGAGUGCAUUUUAGAGAAAAAAGGAGGGAAAAUAUGGUGAUGAGCGGUGAAGAGCAAUAUGGAGAUGAUGUUGUUCAACUUGUCCAACCAUCAGACCCGCUGGUGUUGGAGCUUAAUCGUUUGCAAAACCACCUCAGAGAAAAGAGCAAGGAAUUGGCCACUUGCCAGGGUCAAAUCAAGACCUUCAAGUUAACUGAAGCUCAAAAGGAUAAGGCCAUAGAAGAGUUGAGAAAUGAAGUUGAUAAACUUGAGGAUCGGCUUGGAGUUACUGAGGAUCAUCUCAAACAGAAGAAUCUGGAAAUCAAGAAACUGACAGAUGAAAAGAAAUGUGCAUUGGCUGCACAAUAUGCGGCAGAAGCAACUCUUAGAAGGGUACAUGCAAAUCAAAAGGAUGAUGAUUCUCUUCCAAUUGACAGCAUCAUUGCUCCAUUUGAAGCUGAGAUUAAAAUAUACAAGAAUGAGAUUACAGCACUACAAGAAGAUAAGAAAGCUUUGGAACGACUCACAAAGUCAAAAGAGUCAGCACUGCUAGAAGCAGAGAGGAUUUUGCGAAGUGCACUAGAGAGGGCUCUAAUUGUUGAGGAAGUUCAAAAUCAGAACAUGGAUUUGAAGAGACAGAUUGAGAUUUGCCAGGAGGAAAACAAAAUCCUAGAGAAAACACACCGCCAAAAGAUAUUGGAAGUUGAAAAGCUUAGCCAAACCAUUCAAGAACUCGAGGAAACCAUCUUAGCAAGCGGAGCCACUGCUAAUGCCAUUCGUGAUUACCAACGGCGGAUUUCUGAGCUGCUAGAGGAGAAGAAAACAUUGGAGAGGGAGCUAGCAAGGGCAAAAGUUUCAGCCAAUAGAAUUGCAAACGUUGUAGCUAAUGAGUGGAAGGAUGAAAAUGAUAAGGUCAUGCCUGUCAGGCAAUGGCUUGAAGAGAGGAGGAUUAUGCAGGCAGAGAUUCAAAGGUUGAAAGACAAGCUAGCUAUAUCAGAGCGAACAUCAAAGGCAGAAUCACAGUUGAAGGAUAAACUGAAGCUGAGGCUGAAGACACUGGAAGAGGGUUUAAAGCAAUUCUCAAAUAACGCAACCAAUUCGAAUGCAUUUUCUCAGUCUCCAAAAGAAGAAAAGUCUAACAUCUUAGGUUUCCUAACUACCAGUAGUGGACUGAGAAAGAGAUCCACAUCACAACCUAGGGGAUCUGCUGUUGGAAGCUCUUUAUUUCAGCAGCCAAAUAACAAAAACAUGAUCAUAGACAAUGCUGCUGCGAUGUUAAAACAGGGGAGCCCUGCAAGAAAGAGAUAUAGUGCUGCUGAAAAUGUGUUGAAGAAAGGGAUAUGGGCAUCGCGAAGCAAAGUUGUUGAUGGUGGUGAAAAGGAGAAUGAGAUACAUGUGGACCCAGACAUGAAGUUGAACAAGUUUAGUGAUGAAAACAAAGCAGCAGAAAUUAGAAACGCUGCUGUGGACGUGGAUGAAGAUUCCAAAAGCAAGAUAGCCAAUGAUUUUGGCAGUGAAGAUGUGGUCUCAGGUUUUCUGUAUGAUAGGCUUCAAAAAGAAGUCAUCAAUCUGAGGAAGUCUUGUGAAGUUAAAGACAGUAAUUUGCAAGCCAAAGAUGAAGAAAUUAAGAUGCUUGCAAAGAAAGUUGAUGCACUGACAAAAGCCAUGGAAGUAGAGUGGAAGAAAAUGAAGAGAGAAGCAGCUGCAAAAGAGAAGGAGGUUUCACCAACAAAGUCGGAUGAUAACAAGAAAACUAGAAGUACAAGUACCUCUAAAAGGGUGACGAAAGAUCAUUGAUGAUUCUUUGUUUGGAGAUAGUUCGAGACAAUUUAUUUAUUAUUGACAGUUUGUGAUUUUUCCUUGUAAAAUGUAAAUACAGAACUGAGAGAAAAGAAAAGAAAAAAAAAUAGCGAGGCAGUUUCAUGAAAUAAACUUUUAUUGACGAAGCUCAGUAUUGGAAUUUGAUUAUGUAUUGACAUGUUCUUGUUCAACAUAUAGAUACAUAUAUAUGAUAUGGUCUGUGAUAUUGACUUGUGAGUUAGCUAGCCAAGUUCAUCCAUAAUUUUAAGAGCAUAAAAAUGCUAUUAUCUUGGAGUAACU